CCGACUUUUAGAGAGAGGCAUACGUGGCUGCACACACAGAUCGCUGCGACCGACGCUGCGAACCAUGCUCUCUCUUCGCCGCGCCACAACACGCGCGCUCACAGCGAGGCGCCUCUCCACGAAACGCGAGUACGAUCUAGUCCUCUUCGGCGCGACGGGCUACAGCGGCCGCAUGUGUGCCGACUAUUUGCUCAGGACUCAUAAGGGUCUACGGGUGGCGCUGGCGGGCCGCGACCGGGCGAAGCUGGAGAAGGUCGCCGAGAGCUGCGCCGUCACACCACGAAUCGUCAUAGCGGACGCGCAGGACGCCGACGCGUUGCAGCGGCUGGCAGCCUCCACCGAGGUCGUGGCGUCGACCGCGGGGCCCUUCCGCAAGUACGGGUCGUUGCUGGUCGAAGCCUGUGCGCAAGAAGGCACCAGUUACGCGGACAUCACUGGGGAAUCAGGGUGGACGCUGAACAUGGCCGCGCAGCACCACGAGACCUGUGUUAGUACAGGUGCGAUCAUCGUGCCGCAGGCGGGCUUCGACUCUGUUCCCUCUGAUAUUGGUACCAUGCUCGCAAUAAAACACCACACCGCAAAAACGGGCGCACCACCCUCAGAGAUAAGGACCUACGUCACGUCCAUGCGCGGCGCGCGCUUCCAGGGCGGCACGGUCGACACGCUGGCUCAUGAAUUGGCCGAGCCGAUACGGCCUGUGAAGCCGUCUGCGGUCCGUUCCGCCACGAAGACGAAGAUAGACUGGACCCACGGCACCAAGCCCUGGCAAACUGUGCAACUCAACGGCAAAACUCGAUACCUGUCGCCCUUCAUCAUGGCCGGGGCGAACUGUCCCAUUGUUAGAAGGUCGAACGGUUUGUUAGACUACAAGGAUGGUUUAGUGUAUUCGGAAGCCAUGGCCCUGCCUUCCUUGAAGAGUGCGGUGCAGAACUUCGCGGUUCUAGGAAUAGGGACGUCUCUCUUGAAAAUGGGGAUGCUUGAUUUUCUGCGGAAACGGGGCAUGGUGCCGGCAGCCGGCGCGGGGCCCACGCUCAAGCAAGCGCGGCGGGCGUCCUACGAAUAUGUGAUUGUGGCGACGGGCGACGAUGGUUCGAGAUCAGAGACGACGUGGCGCGGGAACGGGGAUCCCUCCGCGAUCGCGACCACCAUUUUUUUGAUGGAGACGGCCCUCGGAUUGCUGGCGAAGCGCGGUUCUGGAGAGGGGGGCGUGCUGACGCCCGCGGCUGCUUUAGGCGACGACCUCUGGGCGCGGCUUCGAUCGGCGAAGUGGGAGGCGGCGGACGAGGUGCCGGCCGUGACGGUCGAGCACGCGUGAUCUAACGUUAGGUGUG